CUCCGCCCCAGCCAGGCCCGCAGCCCCAGCCCCACUAGCGGCUGGGGCCCCAGCCCAAGCAGCAGUGAGGGUCCACAGUUCAACCACAUCGAUGGCCGCUACCUCAGUCCCUUUGACCAUCCCUCCCUCAGACCCAGUCGCAGGAGUGAUAAGUAAUGGCCUGAUCCUACUAAACCCGGCAACCUUGCCCCCGGGCACCAAGAUCAUCCUUCAGAUCCCACCCCAGAUGGUUGUGCCCCCGAGGGAUGCAGGCACAAGAGCUGGGAGCACCAACGCUUGUACUCUGCAAGGACUGGUACCUAGGAGGAUGCCAGAGCUGCACCCAGCCCCAGCCAAAGCUCAGCAGCCAGCAGGAGAGCAGCACGGUCAUCUCACCAGCAGCAUGACAUCAGCAGAGAAGGGCAAUGGGCCACACACCCCACCAGUGCCAGCCCCCUGCCAGCCCCCAUCACCAUCAGCCCCCCUGCAACCCGCACAACCCUUGCCACCAUCAGCCCCUCUGCAAUGCCCACCUCCCUCAGGCCCACCACUGCUAGCUCCCUCACAGCCCCUGGGCUUGAUGCCACUGCCAGCCCCUCCACCCCCCUCAGCCCCUCCACAGCUGCCAGCCCCCUCAGAGGAGCUCUGGGCUGAGCAGGGAGCAUGGCACAAACCCUAUAACUUCCGGCAGUCCCAGCCCCAAGGGAAAUACACCGAGGAGGGAGCAGGGGAGGGUAGUGACCCCGGGGGAAGCUCUGGGGAGGACUGGGCAGGGGAGAGCGGGGAUGAAGAGGACGAGGAGCUGGAGCCUGUCCCGCAGGGGAAGAGGCGAGGGCGGCCCCCCAAGAAGCAAGGACUAGGUCAGUCCCCCAAGAAGCAAGGCCCUGCUCAGUCCCCCAAGAAGCGAGGCCGGCCCCCCAAGAAGCAAGGACCAGGUCAGUCCCCCAAGAAGCGAGGCCGGCCCCCCAAGAAGCAAGGACCAGGCCAGCCCCCCAAGAAGCGAGGCCGGCCCCCCAAGAAGCAAGGACCAGGCCAGCCCCCCAAGAAGCGAGGCCGGCCCCCCAAGAAGCAAGGAGCAGGCCAGCCCCCCCAAGAAGCAAAGGCGAGGCCGGCCCCCCCUGGGCCCCUACAUCUGUGUGGUCUGUGCCAAGCGCUUUGUGUACCAGAGGUCACUGAAGCAGCACGUGCGGCUGCGCAGGCACUACCCCUCCUGCCACCAGUGCCACAGCACCUUCAGCGAUCUCCACAAACUGCAGCUCCAUAGGCUCAGCCACCGGGGGGAGGGCAUGGCGUGAGCAGCCAUGAUGUCUGGCCAGGCACUCCAAUGCCCAACCAUCCUCCCACCCCCUCUGGGGGGCCCUCAGUGCAAACACCCUCUUGCUCUGUCCCUGCACCCCCACCCCAUUGCAGAGCAGGCAGCUGUGUUGGGUUGAGCUGUCUGACCAUCCUGGGAGAUCCUGCACCCCGACAUCUCUUCUCGGGCCUGGCCUUCCACAUGCCAUUCUGCCCUGGCACCCAGUGCCAUCCUCGGGUCAUCCACCCCUUGGGCUCCCCUGUGUCACUGGGAGCAGGGCAGGGCUUCUUCUCAUGUGAAAUGCUGCUGCCUCAGCUACUCCACUGCAUAAAAAGCAGCCCUGAGGCUGGCUGGCUGGGGGGCUGCAUGUCCUUUGUGCGUCAGUGAUUGGGGCAGUGUUGGCAGCAGGCCUAAGGCAGGGGACCCUCUGUUGCGGUGAAGGGCAGCUCUUUCCCUCUACCCCCUUCGCUCCUUGGCCCAGGGUAUUACCUCCAGGAACUGGGCUCAGACCAGGGACUUGUUUUUUUGUGUCCCCUUGUAUGGCAGAACUUGGACCCAAGAGUGGAAAGGCCCCUGCCCAGCCCCUCUGCCUUAAGGGGUCAGGUAGAGCAAGAGAGACACAACUCGUUUUAUUGUUUAUUAUUAAAAAUGUUUUCAAGCUAA